AGACUGAAUACUGAACAUGUACGUAUUUCAAAUAAGCCGUUACUUUUUGGAUGUGUUCUGAUAGCGAUGUCGUCGUAUCCUUAUAAUUCAACUAGUGAACUGCGUCAGAAAAUGACAGGCCUUCGGCGUCAGCUUAGCCAUCCCCACCUAAAUAAAUUCAAAGAAGCCAAAAAGGAACUAGCUUCUAUAUAUGAAGAUAUUUUAAGUUAUGUGUCUGAAAGUCACAAAUUUACUCGAGAACAAAGUGAAGAAGAGAGGUUUUCCAGACUUAUCGGACAAGGAGUUCAUGCUGAAGUUGAACACCAUCUCCAGAAAAUCCGUAAUAUUCAGGAAAUUAUUGCUCGUAAUCAAAUGAAGUGUGCUUUUUUCGGGAGAACAUCAAAUGGAAAGAGUACUGUUAUCAACGCGAUGUUGGGUUCAAAAUUGUUACCUUCUGGUUUGGGUCACACCACCAGUUGUUUCCUUGAAAUCCAGGGAACGGAUCAGGACUCAGGAUAUCUUCUAAUGGCUGAUUCUGAUACCAACCCUAAAGAAACGUCAGAUAUUUCUCACCAGGCUCGUCCUAUUGAUUCCGUUGGUCAGUUAGCCCAUGCAUUAAGCAGUGUCAAACUUUCCACAGAUACACUACUAAAAAUAUUCUGGCCAAGUUCAUAUUGUAGGCUGUUACGUGAAGAUGUUGUUCUACUAGAUAGUCCAGGGAUUAAUGUUGAUCCAGAUAUGGAUAGAUGGAUUGAUCUUCACUGUUUGGAUGCGGAUGUUUUCAUUCUUGUUGCUAAUGCUGAGUCAACAUUAAUGCAAGCUGAGAAAGAUUUCUUUCAUAAAGUCAGUCAGAAGUUAUCCAAACCAAAUAUUUUUAUCAUUAAUAAUCGUUGGGAUGCUUCAGCAAACGAAAUUGAAUAUAUUAAUGAGGUACGUGAGCAACACCUGCAACGUUGUGUAGCGUUUCUUGUUGAUGAAUUAAAAGUGUGCACACGUACAGAGGCAGAGGGACAUGUUUUCUUCGUUUCAGCCCGUGAAGUUCUAGCGAUGAGAACAAAAGCGAAUUUAGGUGGCGAUCCACAUUCAGGUCCCCCUGGAGCGGCUACAAGUAUUGGGUCUCCUUUGUCAGCAGUGGCCUAUAUGGCUGAGGGUUGGCAAGAUAGACUCGUGGAGUUUACAAAUUUCGAAACUGUUUUCGAGAAAAAUCUUUCAGAGUCUGCUACUCGUACAAAAUUUGCAGCUCAUUCUGAACAAGGCAAGGAUGUAGUGAAUAGAGUUCGUACAAUCAUGGAAAAUAUCUAUGAGACAACAGUUGAAGAAAAAGAUGCUGCCGUUCGUUGUCGUCGUCUUUCUCAAGCACAUCUUGAAGAGGUACGUGCCCGGUUGAUGAAGACAACUCAAGCUGUAGAUGAAAUGCUUCAUGCUAGUUUGGCACGUGUUGAAGCCCAAGUCGCUAGUGCAUUAAAUGCUGAAAUUCGACGUUUGAGUGAACUUGUCGAUAGUUAUUCGCGUCCUUUCCAUCCAGAUCCAGCUUUGAUUCACGUAUACAAGCGAGAACUAAAUACACAUGUUGAACGUGAAUUAGGCAGAAAACUUACUGAAGCUUGUUCUAGUGAUAUUCUUAAUGAAGUUGCUCGAUGUGAACAGUUAAUGAUGAAUAAACAUGCGGCAAUCGUUUCAGACGAAGCUUGUAAAAAUCGUAUACUUCAGCUAGUUGAUCCUACUGCUUUUACUCCGGAAUUCCAUCUUGAUUGUCGUAAUUUGUGUGCGAAUUUUCACGAAGAUAUUCAGUUUCGUUUUUCUCUUAGUUUGGGAACGCUGUUCCAACGGUUAUCAGCCCCACGUCGUUCGACAAAUAGUUAUCAUUGGACACAAUCUGAUGGAAUUCCUUCUAGUUUGGUUAACUCUUCCAUAUUACCCAGAUCUUCAUUGACUGUUGAUUUAUUCCCUUCUCUUAUGAGUCGAGGUGCUGUCGGUACUGUUAUUGCUUUUGGAAUUAUGUCUAAAGCUGUUGGUUGGCGAGUUCUAGCAGUGGCUUGUGGAAUAUACGGUGGUUUAUAUCUAUACGAACGACUUUCUUGGACAAAUAAAGCUAAAGAGACUGCUUUCAAACGUCAAUAUGUCGAUUUCGCUUCCCAUAAAUUACGUUUAAUUGUUGAUUUAACUAGUACAAAUGCUCGGCAUCAAGCUAAAAGAGAGUUACAUCUAGCUCAUAAGAAGUUGUCCACGGAAGUGGAGAAUUUCAGUGAUACUUUAGUUGAAGAAGUGAAACAAUUGGAUAGUGAUAUUAACCGUCUGGAUUUCAUUACUACAGAAGCAAGGAAACUUAAAAAUCGUGCUAAUAACUUGGGGAAUAUUUUGAAUAAAUUUCAUGAAACAUUUAUUUUAAAUCCAUGGGAUGAAUCUAAUUAGAAGGAUUCAAUUUAUUCUUUUGGUGUUUUCUUUCCGUUUUUUUGGAAGAAGAAAUGUUCAUCUAUGUUUUAAUUCAUCCAUUGAUAACCAUCUUUGAACAAUAUAUUAUAUAGUUCAGUUUACAAAAUGAAAAACAUGACACAAAAAACAAAAUCUCGAAUUGAAAUAUCUUCAAAAAUCGUUCUAGUAGUAUUAUUAGUUAGUAACAGAAGCAGUAGUCUGGUAAUAAUUCAUUGGUUACAAAAUCGUAUUCCUUAAACAAUUUAAUUUCCCCAUCUAAACGACAAUAGUUUUAUUUAGGAACUUGUAUUGUAUAUUAUGUAUAGUAUUAAUAUGUCAUUUAAUUGUCGACAUCAUCAACUACAUUCUACUUAGUCGAUAGAUGAGCGCUUAUUAUUAUUAUUAUUAUUAUUAUUAUUAUUAUUAUUAUUAUUAUUAUUAUUAUUAUUACUAUUAUUAUUGGUUCAUAAAUAACUCUGUUUUAGGGUUAACAUAUUCAUAACUGAAUGUAUGUACAACAUAAGAUAUAAUUCAUAUGAAUUUUUUAAAAUUGAAUAUACAUUGUUAAACAGU